CUCGGAGAUCACUCAAUUGACCAGGCUAAAUGGAUAAAAAACUCAUGGCUAGUAGAUGCUUACUUCAUCGCCGUUACGUUGCUGGCCUCGCUUGUGUUUUGGGGUUCAUCCAACCCCCGGUUUAGCAUUUCCUAUGUAGACAGCCUCUUUCUUGCUGUUUCUGCCAUGACAGAGGCCGGCCUAAAUACCGUCAACCUAAGCCAGAUGACAACAUGGCAACAGGUUUUACUCUGGUUCUUAAUCAUUAUUGGCAGCUCUAUCUGGGUCAGUAUUUGGACUGUACUCAUACGCAAGCAUGCCUUCGAACACCGUUUUGCAGAGAUUGUGAAAAGGGAACGUCAACGUAGUCAUGAGCGCCGCAACACAAGCUUAACAUUACUACCUAUUGCUCAGCGGUUCAGGUCUCUAGGACGAAGUAGGAAUGCAUCUACAACAUUCCCGUCAGUCUCGACUUCUGUAUCCGCCUCCGCCCAGCCCCGUAACCAUGCAGGUACCGCUCUAGGCCCCAUCUCUAGCCCUACCAACGGGAGAUUAUUAUCGACCAUUGUUCCUCCGUCGUCCAUAUAUCAGGGUGGUUCUGAACCUGGCAUCCCGUAUGCUAUAGACUCUGCGUCGCAUCGUAACAUAGAGCUAGGUGCAGCGGAACACCGACUACAAGUAGAUGACGAUGCCGAAGGGGGUGAUCGCAGCGGCCGUGCUCCCUCCACGACUUCUGAACAUGUCACCUUUGCCGACGUGCCACCCCGCACAGCCACAACUACAUCGCUUCACCACGAGCAGGGCGUCGUGCAAAGACACCCUUCGAACAUCAAUUCUCGCGCUCCUACUCUGACCGCUACGACAACAGCUGAUGAAGGUCAAUACCACGGGGCCCCUAAGAUUGGGCGGAACGCUCAAUUUCAUGGACUCACGAACGAAGAGAGAGAAAAACUCGGCGGCACAGAAUACCGGGCUCUCAGACUACUAUCAAUCGUGGUUCCUGUCUACUUUGUCUCCUGGCAAUUUCUUGGCAGCCUAGCUCUUGGAGCUUGGAUUGCAAAUAAUCAACCUCAGCCUGCCUUGGACAACGCUAUAUCGCCCUGGUGGAACGGGAUUUUCAACGGCGUGUCUGCCUUCAAUAACAGCGGCAUGAGCGUGUUGGAUGCAAAUAUGAUUCCUUACGGCGCCAGCUAUUUUGUGUUGAUUGUCAUGGGGACGAUGAUUCUAGCUGGAAACACAGCCUAUCCAAUAUUCCUGAGGCUAUGUAUCUGGGCCAGUCUCAAGAUCUUGAACCUCGUGUCCUAUUCACAUGACUUUGUGGAAUGGAAAGCAACGCUAGAAUACAUUCUCAAAUACCCCCGGCGAGUGUAUACUAAUCUCUUCCCUCAGCGGCAAACAUGGUGGCUCGUCUUUAUGUUAUUCGUUCUCAACGGCACUGACUGGGUCGCGUUCGAGAUUCUCAACUUUGGGAACUCAAGUCUCAGUCAAGUCCAGACGGGGCCACGAGCUAUCGAUGGUCUAUUCCAGGCACUUGCUGUGCGAUCGGGCGGAUUCUACGUUGUUUCGAUUCCUGACUUGUACAUCGGCCUCCAAGUUUUGUAUGUUAUUAUGAUGUAUAUCGCAGUUUAUCCCGUCGUCAUCACCAUGAGACAUUCCAACGUGUACGAGGAACGAUCGCUGGGUAUAUACGGCCGUGGGUAUGACUACGAGGACGAUUCCGCGAGCGAAACAUUAUCAGGCGGCCGACAAGGCCAAGUCCUCGGAAGGCUGCUACGACGUACAUUAUCCGAGUGGCAUGGAGUGGGAGCCGUUCCAGACCGCCAUAACGCAGAGCGCGACAACAUGACUCAAAGCCGGAUUGACUUCAUCGGCCAUCAGAUUCGGGGUCAGCUCUCGCAUGAUCUAUGGUGGCUUGUGGUUGCCGUUCUAGUCAUCAUGAUUAUCGAGACGCACCACUUCCUCGAAGAUCCUGUCACUUUCUCCGUGUUCAAUGUAAUGUUUGAAGUCGUCUCCGCGUACGGCUGCGUGGGCAUUAGCAUUGGAUUCCCUAAGCAGUCCUACAGCUUCAGUGGAGGCCUCUACCCCGGAUCAAAACUUGUGCUAUGUGCCGUGAUGCUAAGAGGGAGACAUAGAGGGCUCCCAGUCGCUCUUGAUCGGGCCGUCCGCUUACCGGGCGAUGAGAUGCAUAGGGAGGAGGAGGAGGAUCAUGAAAUUCGCCGGUCGAUGUCUGUUAGACGGCCGAGCAUCAACUGUUAGGAAUUCUCUGUGGUGAUCACUAAAUCUCCGGUUUGCAUAUCAGUUUAUACAUCAUUUUAUAGACUAAAGUUAUUUAACUAUGUACCUAUCUCACAAGCUAAUCCAUCCCUCCAUGUCACCUCGGCCCUAUUGAGGCGUUAUAUCCGAGCUGCGCUAUAGCGGAUGUUAUAAAUAACAGGUCGUUAGAUAUAAGGUCAUAACACUUAUG